AAGUGUCGAAUGAGGAUGAAGACAAUAAACUAGCUAUGGCUUCAAAGGUGGCCAGCCCAGCUGAGAGUACAGGCAGGCAGGAUGGGAGGAAUGAGGAGGAAUGCUGCCACUCAGAUGCUGAGAAAAUGGAGGUGGACCCACAGCCUGAAGAUCCAGUGCAGAUAUCAUCAUUGCCCAAAGACACUGGCUGUGAAGCGUCGAAUGUUGGUGAGGAUGAAGACAAUUCACUAGCUAUGGCUUCAAAGAUGGCUAGCCCUGCUGAGAGUACAGGCAGGCAAGAUGGGAGGAACGAGGAGAGUGAGGAGAGCUGCCACUCAGAUGCUGAGAAAAUGGAGGUGGACCCACAGCCUGAAGAUCCAGUGCAGACAUCAUCAUUGCCCAAAGACACCGAUGGUGCCAGCAGAGAAAAUGAGGGAAAGUCAAAGGCGGCAGGUUCUUGGCCUAGUAAAACAGAUCAGAUAAGCCAUUCUCUCAGCUUGGCACUGUUUGGAAGUACUGCCGCUGUGAAGGUUGGCUGUGGGAGCCUUUUAUCAGACUUUAGUGGACAUCCUGGUUUAACACAACUUACUCCAGCAGAGUGCAACAUCGCAGGUCGUGAUGUCACUGUGAUUAACAUGAUUGGGUUGCAUGAAAUUGAAUAUUGUCAGCAGUCGAUGGAUGACUACAUGGGUCAGACUCUCGGUGAAGAUGGAAUCCAUGCCUUCCUUUACAUAAUACCACCACACCGGCUUACUGAUGGAGACAAGAUGGCGGUGGAGUGGCUUCAAAGAGUGUUUGGACCUUCCUCUCUACACUUUUUGAUAUUCAUUUUCACCUAUGAAAAUGAAGAGGACUGUGACUCAAUUGUAGAUGACCUAAAAGGAAACACUGUUCUUGAGCAACUGAUUGAGAAGAGUGGUGGGAGGUAUUUCACUUCCAACAAGACCUUAAAUAACGAAACUGAAAUGAGAUUGCUUUUGAAGAAGAUAGACCUCAUGAUUCAAGAAAAUAAAACUUACUACACUGCAGAGAGCUAUUCUGAACAACUGAAGAGAAGACAAACAAUUUCAAAUAAUGAGGCCUCAGAUGGACCAGCAGAAGAUGUUGACCUGAGCAUUUCUACAGAGACAGAGGAGGUUGAUUGCAGAGACCAUGAGGAAAACCCGAAAGGUCAAAAAGAUGAAAACACAUCUGAGGCAAAUGCAAACGAUGGUAGUCUGGACAAAAACACAGAACCAGAUCCAUGUUCUGGGCCCAGUAAAACAGAUCAUCCUGCUGAAGAUGUUGACCAGAAAGAUUCUUCAGAGACUGAGGAAGAACAUAGUCUGGAAACAGCUGAGGACCAAUCCGAGAAAAAAGAAGAGCUCAGAAGAGCAAACACUGAAGAAGAAUUAAAAGAACUGUUUAAAAGGUUGAAUCUCACAGACAGACAUGACAAACUGUCGACUUCAGAUGUACUUGAAAUUGAUGCACGUUCACGUCAGCCACAGGGUCCAAAGACAGAGGAAGAAAUAGCACACGCUUAUCUUAAUAGACUUUUGAUGACAGACUACAGGGCUAGGUAUAUUCCCAUCAAAGAAAAAAAUAAUCAAUUGAGUCCAACAAAUGCUGCGCGUAGAGACAAUGAAGAUAGGGAGGUCAUUUUUGAUACUCUCUUUAAUGAAAAAAACAUGGCAAAUGAAGUCGAAGAAAUUAAGCAAUCUCAGAUUCAUCCUAUGGACAUUCAGAUGGCACUGUUUCACUCUGCGGACCCAUUCCUCAGGCAGUACCUACUGACCAAACUCUCAAUGUGUCAGUAUGCUUUGCCUUUACUGGUGCCAAAUCCUUUAACCUCAGAGAUUGAAUUCCCUCUGUGGGCAUUUCGUCAUGUAUGGAAAAGCUGGAAGUCCACUGAUGCUUUAGGCAAAGUAACCAUCCAUAAAGAACCUAUGUAUGGAGUUGAAACACCAAUGGUUUCAGUCUUCAGGCUUGGCCCUGUGUCUACAUCCAAGUCCCAGCUUAUAAACAGUCUCAUCAAUGAGCGACAUCACACAUUCUUCCACAGGCACUGCCCAGGCAGUAGCAGGACCCGUCUGCUGAUGGACGGUGUGGUGGAGAUUGCCUGGUACUGUCCGUCUGGGAAGGACACGGAUCACUUUCCUCACUGUGUUGCCAUCUGUAAUCUCCAUGGUGAUGGAGAGGCCUCUAAAAUGCAACAAAUGAUUUUAUCAGAAAUGGCUUCAGUUAAUGUAGUUUUCUUACCCAACCUGGGUAAGGACGACCCAAGGAAGGCAAUUGUGAAAGACCUCUUUAGCUCCCAAACACCUCUGAUUUGUCUUUUCACGGAGGACGACUCCCUGCUAGAGGAAUUGUGCAAAGGGAAAUUCAAAAUAGGACUAAGAGACAGAAAUCAGUCAGAUAUUGUUCAAGAGCUGAAAAAGGCAAUAAGUGAUAGUUUGUCUUUCACAAACUUUAAUCUUGAAAAUCUGGCACAGCAGCCUGGAAUCAAAGUGGAUGAGGAUAACGAGGAUUGCAAAAUAGGAAAGGAGACUGCACUGCAGAUUAAGAAUUUGCUGGAGAGAAACAAACUAUCAAGAGUUAAGGAAGCAUUUCUGCCAUGCCAAGGAAAAUUGUGGCAUGAUUGGUGCCAGAAAAAGAAAGACCUUUUUCGCCUACGUGGAAAAAACUUGGAGGUACAAAAAAUUCUGAUAGACAAGGAUAUGAGAGAUUUGCGCUCCAGGCAGCGACAGGCUGGCAGCAGUGACCUCAUGAAGUUGUUUUUGGGGGCCAUGGACUCACUCCCACUCCAGAGUAGAAUGUAUUUUUUGAAAUGGACCAGUAUCCUGAUGGACAGCUGCACAUCUGACGAGCUAGUGGCACUCCAUCAUAAAUAUGAUGAAAAAUGGUCUAAAGUGUUGGUACUAAAGAAGAAACAUGACAAAUCAAACCAGCUGGAGAAAGAACAGACAGAGCUUGAAAACAUAUCUGAUCAGUUGAAUGCAGCAACCUUUGGCUUGGAACACAUCCUGCGAGAGAUGGGGCAGAUGUAUGAAGCGGAAAUACCGGUGACACGUGGAAGAGGAGAUCAUUCAAAACUCCCAGCAAUGGCAGCAGACCUUAUGAUAUCCGGGCACCCACUGGAGCUAAUGGAUGGUGAUGCCGCUCAUGUUCCAAUGACAUGGAUUGGUGCUGUGUUAGAUGAGGUCAUAAAGAAGAUUGGAGACAAGAGGGUCUUUGUCUUGUCCGUUUUGGGCAUUCAGAGCACUGGAAAAUCCACAAUGCUGAAUGCAAUGUUUGGACUCCAGUUCGCUGUGAGUGCUGGGCGGUGCACCAGAGGGGCGUUCAUGCAGCUAGUCAGUGUGUCAAAGGAGAUCAGCACAAAGUUUGACUAUAUUCUUGUGGUUGACACAGAGGGACUGCGAGCCCUAGAGCUUGCUGGGAAAGCAACUGUCCACCAUGACAAUGAAUUGGCUACAUUUGUGAUUGGCCUAGGACACAUGACCUUGAUCAAUAUCUUUGGGGAGAAUCCCUCUGAAAUGCAAGACAUCAUUCAAAUUGCUGUACAGGCUUUCUUAAGGAUGAAAAAAGUGAAACUGUCACCCAGUUGUAUAUUUGUACAUCAGAAUGUUGGAGAUAUCACAGCAGGAGAAAAGAACAUGGAGGGUAAGAGACGUCUUCAAGACAAACUGGAUGAGAUGACACAGUUAGCAGCUGAAGAGGAGGACUCUGAUGCAAAGUGCUUUAGUGAGGUCAUUGCAUUUGACAUUCAGAAAGAUGUUAAGUAUUUUGCGCAACUGUGGGAGGGCAGUCCACCCAUGGCCCCUCCAAAUCCACCUUACAGUGAAAAUAUUCAAGAUCUGAAGGAAACAAUUCUUACCAAAGCCUCAUUAUCACAAGGUGUGAAGUUCUCUGAAUUUAAAACAAGGGUCUCUGAUCUAUGGAAUGCCUUGUUGAAUGAGAACUUUGUUUUCAGUUUCAAGAACACAUUAGAAAUUGCCAUGUAUAGGAAGCUGGAGGCAGAAUAUGUUAAAUGGACCUGGAGUCUCAGAGAAGCAAUGCUACACAUUGAAAACAAACUGCACAACAGAAUUGAGAAUGACAUCCUAGACACUAUAGAGGAAAGAUUUCUGUUAUUAGAGAUGAAGCCCAAAUAUGAAGAGGUUGAGAAAACAAUGGCCCAGUACUUUGAUGAACACAAUGACAAAGAAAUGCUUGUACAGUGGAGAGAAAGGUUUGGACUUAAAAUAGGUGAUGUCCACAGUGAUCUUGUGAAAGACACACAAAAAAAGUUGAAUGACCUUAUUCAGCAAAAGAGGACUAGGAAGAAACUGGAUGAAAGGAAGGUACACUACCAAAAUACUCUCUUCAAAAGAAGUAAAGAACUUGCUUUGAAUCUCAAGCAACUGGACAAAAGUGAAGAAGCUCUUAAACAAGAAUUUGAUCAAAUGUGGGAAGGCUGGCUACCGGAAUUGACUUCAGACUUACCUCGUGUGAAAGACUGCAAUAUUUGGGAGGACAUUGUAAGUGUUCUGAGUGAGAACCAUGAGGAAAGUCUUCUGAAUGGUCGGAAAAAACAGGGUGACUAUAAAACCAUUACAUUUAGGGGAGAAUAUUCCAUCUAUGUAAUGCCUAGAGAGCAUCAAAGUCAAAAGUCUGAAGAACAAGCAAACCAGAAAAAAGGACGCUAUUCUUUCUUAGCUUUUUGGGGGAAUGUCGUCAAGGAAAAACUUGGCUUCGUUAAUGAUCACUUCAAGACAAAUGACUUGACAAGUGAAGAUCAAUACUCCAUAAAGUCCCUCAUUAAAAAAAUCCAAGAACAAUCUGAAGAAAUUAUCACACAAUACUCAGACGAUGAAAUGGGCUACAAUAAGACGUACAUUCAAGCCAUAGUGGCUUCAGCCAGCAAGAGCAUUGAUGCUUAUGAGAAAGACGUAAUGAAGGGACGUUUUGCCUUCAAAAAGAUCUUUGCAGUAGAUGUUUUAUUGUUUGUGUGUGAUAUUGCAAGCAACAAAUUUGCAGAGCUUCAUCGAGAAUUCCAAAAAGCUAAUGAUGGCUUCAUCUACUUAGAGAAUCAGAGAGGACGGUUUUACAAGGUUUUUAGGGAUUACUGUAAAGGGGCAAAAUCAUCUGCUGUGCUUGCAAAUUUCAUAUGCAGCAAACUGAAGCUGUCCAUCAGACAGGCUGUGUAUGACCAAACUGCUGUUGAUUUAGCAGCUGACAUGCGGUGCAAUCUUCCUGCAUUUAAUGGGAACAGACUUCAAUUGGAAAGACACAUUCUCCUGUCUUUAGCAGAGGAGGAGAAUUUCGAGAAAUUCCUGCAGUACAUUCACCGUCCAAAGGCACACUUCAAAAGUUUCAUAACAGAGCAGGUUGAGCAAUAUAUGGCGCAAGUAAAAAGUCCCAAACAACUUUCCAAGAUUCAAGAAAACCUGAAAUACAAGACCAAAUGUGCAAGUGUUGCAGCGCAAACUGCAACAGAGAAAGUCAAAAGAAUGAAUGGGGAUGCCAACAUGUGGCUAGAGCUUUUCUCUGAAGAACUAAAAGACGAGUUGAAAUUUGCAGAGAAAUCCUGUGCUGAUGCCUCUGAGAUCGCUGAUUUUAGCUUUCUUGAGGAGGUAGUUUGUAAUGGCCUUAAAACAAUUCAGAGCCAACUCAGCAAGAGCUUCAGCAAAGUCUCUCUCCUUAAAACUGAGCUGUUUCGGAUAAAACCUGAUGAAAUUUUAAUUCAACAUUUCUGUAAGUGUUGCUGGGUUCAAUGUCCUUUUUGUAACGCAGUCUGUACGAGCACCCUGGAAGAUCACGAAGGCACUGAUCACAGUGUCCCUUUCCAUCGCUCAUAUGGAAUAACUGGAUUAAGUUAUAAAGAUACAACAAACCUCGGCCACUCCUCGGAGUUUUAA